CCCACUCGGCGUGCUCAUUGGCCACCCGGGGCCUGCCUGUCUCCAUAAAUACUUGGUCCCCGGGCAUGGAUCGCGGAGAGGGCCAGGGAAAACCGCAGAGCCGGAGGCAUCUCCGCUACCCUCCCUGACAUCUCCACUUCGCGGCUCCAGACCCAGAAGUCAGACUUGCAGACCCACAGGCAGACCCACAUCCCUUCCCUCCGUCUUCCAAGAGGCACCGACCCGGCUGCCCUCCUUCAGCCUCUGCGGCCGCGCUGGGCAGUCACCUGCGCCCUGAGGUUGCAGCACAGCGCAGCGCAGAGCAUCCUCGCCCAGGUCCUUUCUGUCCCUCUUCCGCCCCCUCCAUCGCAUCUGCUGGUCCUCCUUGUCUCUUUCCCAGAAUCGCCACGCUCCCGAACCCAGCGGGCGCCACUUUACCAGCCUCGCCCUCCUCGGUCCCCGCGUGGUCCCCCGCGCCCCGUCUCCCUGCGGCCAUGAGCUCCCCCAUCAGCAAGAGUCGCUCCCUGGUCGCCUUCCUACAGCAGCUGCGCAGCCUCGGGCAGCCCCCCAGACCCGUGACAUCCACGGCGUGCGCGCCGCCGCUGCUGGGCAGCCUGCUGGAGAUUCUCUGGAAAGGGGGGCUCAAGAAACAGCACGACACUCUGGCGGAGUUCCACAAGAAGUACGGCAAGAUUUUCCGCAUGAAGUUGGGCUCCUUUGACUCGGUGCACCUGGGCUCGCCUUGCCUGCUGGAAGCGCUGUACCGCACGGAGAGCGCAUACCCGCAGCGGCUGGAGAUCAAACCCUGGAAGGCCUAUCGCGACUACCGCCAGGAGGGCUACGGGCUGCUCAUCCUGGAAGGAGAAGACUGGCAGAGGGUCCGGAGUGCCUUUCAGAAGAAACUAAUGAGACCAGUGGAGAUUAUGAAGCUGGACAGCAAAAUCAAUGAGGUCUUGGCUGAUUUUAUGGGUAGACUAGAUGAGCUCUGUGACAAGAGAGGCCACAUUGGAGACUUGUACAGCGAGCUGAACAAAUGGUCAUUUGAAAGCAUCUGCCUUGUGCUCUACGAGAAGAGAUUUGGGCUCCUCCAGAAGAACGCUGGGGAUGAAGCCUUGAACUUCAUCAUGGCCAUCAAAACAAUGAUGAGCACAUUUGGGAGGAUGAUGGUCACCCCGGUGGAGCUGCACAAGAGCCUCAACACCAAGGUGUGGCAGGCCCACACGCUGGCCUGGGACACGAUUUUCAAGUCAGUCAAAUCUUGCAUUGACCGCCGGUUAGAGAAGCACGUGGAGCAGCCCAGUGCGGACUUCCUCUGUGACAUUUACCACCGCAAUCAGCUCUCAAAGAAAGAGCUGUACGCAGCCGUCACAGAGCUCCAGCUGGCUGCCGUGGAGACGACAGCAAACAGCUUGCUGUGGCUUCUCUACAAUUUAUCCCGCAACCCCCGCGUGCAAGAAAAGCUCCUGGAGGAAAUUCAGAGCGUCCUGCCUGAGAAUCAGGUGCCGCGGGCAGAGGAUGUGAGGAAUAUGCCAUAUCUGAAGGCCUGUCUGAAAGAAUCCAUGAGAAACUCAAGCUGGUGUCUGUUGGUUUUUCAGACAGCGAACAGCUUGCUGUGGCUUCUCUACAAUUUAUCCCGCAACCCCCGCGUGCAAGAAAAGCUCCUGGAGGAAAUUCAGAGCGUCCUGCCUGAGAAUCAGGUGCCGCGGGCAGAGGAUGUGAGGAAUAUGCCAUAUCUGAAGGCCUGUCUGAAAGAAUCCAUGAGCAACUCUUCACUUUUGCUUUUCCACCACCUUCUUCUGCUUAUUUUAAAUGCAUGCGUUUUGGUGUGUUUGCAGACAGUGUUGAUGCUAAAUACCCAGGUGUUGGGGUCCAACGAGGAAAAUUUUGAUGACGCCAGUCAGUUUAGGCCCGAACGAUGGCUUCAAGAGAAAGAGAAGAUCAACCCCUUCGCACACCUCCCGUUUGGCCUUGGGAAGAGGAUGUGCAUCGGACGCCGGCUGGCUGAGCUCCAGCUCCACCUGGCCGUCUGCUGGAUCGUCCGCAAAUAUGACAUCGUGGCCACGGACCACGAGCCUGUGGAAAUGCUGCACUUAGGGAUCCUGGUGCCCAGCCGGGAGCUCCCCAUCGCCUUCUGCCAGCGAUAAGCGGCCUCAGGAAUGGUGCUGUGGCUCCCGCAAGACUCAGCUGCGAACUUCACAGGCACAUGGGACCCUGAGACGCUUGUGUUGAUUUCUUUCUUCUGUUCAGCUGCUCCAGAAGCUGCACUGUCCGUGACAGCAGUGAAGAUAGCUGACUCAGGGGAGCGGAGUGUGUGCUACAAUACGGGCACUCCACAGGGUACAGUGCUGGCCUACACUUGACCAAUGUCAGCUCCAUCCUGACUUAAAUUGCCUAGGAUCUUGCUUCCUCCUGCAUUUUCCAUGUCAGUUAGUCGGGUACAAGUCAAAUGUGUCUGUCCCUGCCCCACCCAGCUCUCCGCUUGAAUCUUUCCUGCUCCCGAAUAAGUUUACAGAAUCACAAUGAAACACCUGCCAUAGCUCCAUUGUCUGGGGCUCGGGGUAAUAUCGACGGUCCAUUUAUUGUAACUCUGCUUAAUGUGCUAUUUGGAAAACAUUUGCUUACUAACAUCAGCAAAGCCAAAUGUUGGCUGAAGUUAUUAGGUCCCGGGGCCACUGCGCUUCGAAGUAGGAACAUCACUGGGAAAUGAGAGGACACCUCUAUUUUAAGAAGUGCUUUAAUGAAGUCAGAAUCUCCUCUCUAAGAAGACCUUAAUGGCUUACUGUGGCAUCAUUAGGUUAAAGGAUCCUGAAGUUCUUUAUUUAGUGCAUGUAUCUUUUCUAUGGCAUUAAGGAGCUGGAGCAACAGUUUCAAAUUGUAUGUGUAUGGGUGUAUUUUAAUAGCAAUUUGCUUAUGUCAUUUUUUAAAAUGUAUGGUAUUUCAUUUAUGAUCUGUGGCUUGGGGCAAUAUUAUUGUUCAGCCACAGAUUAAAAACAUGUAGUGACUUCCCAUGCCUUAAUUUCCCCAUCUAUAGAGUGGGACAGUAGCAAAGUGUACAUACAUUAUAGAUUAACUAUAUGGGACAGUGCAAAAGUAGGUUUACAGUUGCUCAAAUAAUUAAUAAAUAAUAAUACAAGAAUAAACUCUUUUGUAUACUUAAAACUGUAAACCUACUUUUGUCCUCCCUGUGUAACCCAUCUUCUGUGACUUGAACUCCUUGGGACAGUAUGGUUUCAUAAAUGGAAAAUGCAUAGAGAUUUCUGCAAUACCUAUAAAAAUUUUCUUAAAACUUGUUUACAUAUGGUUUAUUUACACAUAUUUUUACUACCACUUUUCCCAAAGGUGUACUAUAUAUUUCUGUAUAUUUUAUAAAGAUUUUCCUUUUUAGGUUAUAUUUUUAGAAUAUUUCAGAAGUAUACAUUUAUAUCUUUAUACUAGUAUUUGAAUAAAUAUAUACAUAUUGCUGAAAUAAGUAUAAGCGUUCUUCCUGCUGUGAAAUUAUUUUUAGAAUUUUAAAUCCAUAUGUUGUCAGAGUUCAUCUGUGUAUCUUUUUAGAAUUCUCUGAAAGUAAGAAUAAAGGUUUUAAAAUUUGA